AAUUCUCACAAAUGAUUCAAUAAUGUUACUGAUUUAAGAAUGGUGUCAGAUGUCGAAAGAAGGCAUUUCUUGACCCCGCUGUAUCAGCCGAUUAGGUCAUUUUUUUUCAUAGCAUGGCACAUAGAUACGGCAGUCUAUGUCGGACAUGCUUCCGUUGAAAGCUAUACCCAUAUUGUUCUGCUUCUUGUUGAUGGUGGCAGGACAACUUCUCAAUGAGACAACACCAGAAAACGUGACGACCACCGAGUGCCCCACUGUGUUCCGCUUCGCAGGUCUCAGCCUAAGUGACGGAUUGGUAUCUUCUUGGAGGGUGAUAUGCCGGCCUGACAGUGUAUUCCCCGACAAAGAGGGUGGUUUGGAUAAAGACGCUUUGGGCGGUAUCCUCUACCAGCGGAUGAUCAACGUUCAAACAAGAAGAUGCCAACCAGGAUAUCGUAUCGUCAACGGCGUCUGCAGGAAGGCAGCUUUUAUGAGAUAA